AUGGCCGUCAAAGAUGCAUCGAACUCAAGAUGCAGCAUAUACCCGGACAGGCGUUUUAGGAAGUACGUUGCUUUUAGGGUUAUUGUCAGUGAUGAGACUUCCCGUGCCGUUGUGGUCCGCGUGGAGACUAUGAGCAACUUUAUCCAAAAUUUCCAAAGAGGCCGUCUGCAAAAUCGUUGA